ACAUCUAUCUGAUGGCAGGUCGCUAUGAUUUGAACGCCACCUUGCAAGUACGCGUGGGCAACGUGGUUCUAGGUGGAUACUCGGACGGGCCGGUCUAUGUGACAGGCGGUCGACAGGUUCCGAGUGGCCUCUUCAAACCCGUGAUCAACCAUUCCGUCAUCUCCAAACUAUCGGCACAAGCCAGACAACAUGUACGGGUGGUGCACCUGCCGGACGUCGGAGUGACGGACUACGGGACGCUUGGGAACUACGGUGGACACAGUCACCGCGUGGCGCCUCUUGAAGUAUUCUACAACUCCAAACCCCUCAGGCUAGCGCAGUGGCCAAACGAGGGUUACCUAAACAUUGUGGACGUACCAGACGGAAUAAACGGUUCCCGGUUUCGGUACAACUCAUCUGUUCCCCGGACCUGGUCCUCCCAGGACGACAUCUGGGUGUACGGAUUCUGGUACUGGAGUUGGCAUGACGGGGCACAGAAAGUGGCCAAGCUUAACACCACCACGGGGACAGUCACCCUGGCCCGACCACCAAUCUACGGAAUGAGAACAGGUCAUUUUGGGGAAGCAGAUACAGGCUUUGAAAAACAAGGCGGCUACUUCCGUUUCAUUAACGUUCUAGAAGAGCUUGAUUCUCCGGGCGAAUAUUAUAUGGAUGCGAAGUCUGGGAACUUGUACGUUUGGAUGCCAAACGCGGAUGGAAACGUACACACGUCGGACACCAUUUACGUUUCACUGUUGAACAAUUGUAUAGAGUUGCGUAGCCACAUCGGCCUAUUCGUCAUCUCAGGCAUAACGCUGGAGGCUUGUAGAGAACAUGGGAUUAAAGGAACAGACUUGUCCUCCUUUUAUGUUAACAAUAUGGAAAUCAGGAACACGGGGUCUUACGCUAUAGCUUGUUCUGGGGACUGCCGAGACGUUGAAGUGAAUGAUUGUCUUAUACACGACGUGGACGGCGGAAUCUCCAUCAGCGGUGGAGACCGGAAGCUCUUGGAGUCGUCCGGCGUAGUUCUGGAGCACAAUGAAAUAUACGACUACUCACGCGUGGCGGCCAUCGGUUCUGACGCCAUUUACGCCUACGGUGUUGGCCAUAUUAUUAGAUAUAACUCCAUCUAUAACGGCCAGUACACUGGCAUCAACUUUUACGGAAACGACAUCGUGAUGGAGAACAACCACGUGCACCACACGUGCAUGAACGCGUCCGACUGUGGGGCGUUCUACACGGGCCUUGAUUGGACAACGCGCGGGAACGUAAUACGGAACAACCUGAUUCAUGACAACUUUCGACUGGUGCCCGGCGCGGAUGUGCGGGGCAUCAUGUUGGAUGACAAGUCUUCCAGCACAAACAUUACCAACAACGUUUUCUUCAACAAUGACGUGCACGUGAACAUCGGUGGCGGACGUGACAACGUUGUCUCCGGUAACGUCAUGUACGGGGCAGUACGUUCUUCCAUGCAAGUUGACGGCAGGGGACUUGGCAGAGAUGACUACAAAGAUGUUAUCGCCAAAAGACUGCAUAAUAUGCCGUACACAGGAGCGCUUUGGAGCAUGCGGUACCCGAAACUGGCGGCCAUAGACGCUCAUAACGCCAGCCUCCCGGAAGGAAAUGAAAUAAGUAAGAAUGUCGUGUACAACAACGGCCAUGUGCGAUUUAUACCGACACUCCAUGGAUGGCUUGAUAAUGAGAGGUUCUUCAACGUCACAGACACGGGAUUUGCGCUCAACGACGAUGACUUUUCCGAUGCUGCUCACGGUGACCUGCUAGUUAGAUGCCACUUGAUCGGCUGGGCGAACCGGGUGAACUUCCGGCAGCCACUUCCACCAGACCAGUACGGUGCGCAGCAGACGGUCGGUCCAAGUCACCUUAACCGAAGCGCAGAUCAUCUGACACCACAGCCUAAGACUGGUCCAUGUACCACACAAGCGCCUGUAACCGCAUCGCCAGCUGUCGCCUACCUACCGGACGGCUCCGGCUCCAUCAACUUGUAUAACGUGACUUCACAGGGUUGCUGGCUGAGCGUGUCCAAAUGCAGCGAUCACCCGGUGGCCGUCGGUUUGUACAGGGACACUUUCGGAGAGCGGCAGGUACGCGCGGAUCAGAACGAGACCGAGUGCCUGCUGCGUGCUGUCGACACGUGGAAGUCAUGUGGAGGGCACAACGAUGAACAAGUUGCCGCCAUAUACGGCCCUUCCGGAGCUACCACUUUUGCGGGUGACGGUUGCUUCAUGGCCCUGUACGACUGUCCGAAGUACGGCGGGCCGGCGGACGGACACGCGAUCGCUACAGGAAGAGUUUUCCGUGAUGUGUAUGCGGAGCAGCACCUAGGGGCGGCGACGGACGAAGAGGCGUGUCUACGCCGCUCAAUCGCCGAGUGGCGCUACUUUGGAUCAUCCGCCAACCACCCUGUCACAUCUAUCUUCAGGCCAACAGGCGCGGUAAGCACAGCGGGCGCAGGUUGCUGGAUCCACGUGCAGAACUGCAGUCACGUGACCGGAAACCACACCAUGUUCUACGACGCCUGGGGAGCCGCAAACCUCAACACAGACGAGAACGAGAGCGCGUGUCUCCAACAGGCCCGAUACUACUGGCAGCAGUGCGGCUCCCACCCUUCCGAUCCCGUUACCGCCUUCUACCGGCCGUCUACCCACUCUCACACGUACCCAUGACAGGAGUGAAAAUAUUCUUGAGAAUUAGCUAGAGUUUUCUUUCAUUGGAUUUUAACUUGAUUUUGAAGUAAAAGCUUUUUCCCUGGUUCUGGAAUUAGUGUUUUUCAAUGUCAAUUUAUUUGAAAUAUCUUUGUUGACAUUGUAGAUCUCGAAAUAAAAUGCGUUAAUUUGA